UUCUAAGAACAAGACUUUACAAGAAUGUCGUUGGACAUCAGCAGCGACCCUCCCUCCCGGUCACUCGCAGGGAAAGUCGCAAUCGUGACCGGCGCUGGCUGUGAAGGUGAUCGCAUAGGCAACGGUCGGGCCAUCUCGAUUCUGCUGGCCCGCGACGGCUGUUCCGUGAUCUGCGUCGACCAGAACUGGGCAUGGGUGAGCAAGACCGUGGACAUGGUCAAUUCCAAGCCCGGUCGGGGGAAGGCCAUUGUUGCCCGGGCCAAUGUCACUUCAGCCCCGGAUUGCGAACGGGUGGUCGAGCUGGCGCUGCAGGAGUUCGGUCGUCUGGAUAUUCUGAUCAACAAUGUCGGUAUAGGCGGUGCGCCGGGCACGGCGGUCGAGGUCGACAUGGAAGCCUGGGCCAAGGGUUUGGAGGUCAACGUCUCGAGCAUGGUGCUCAUGGCAAAGUAUGCGGUGCCGGCGAUGAGGAGAAGUCGGAUUCUGGGGUGAACAUGGG